GCUCGGAGCAUGCUGCGGAGGUGUAACAUGGCUGAAGUAUGGGGAGGGCCGCACCCUCACCCCUUUCUGGAUCUGCUACUGAUGGGCCCUGCUGUUUGUCUGAGGUCUCUAGAUGCCACCGCAAUGUAAAGCAUAAAUGAUUGAGGCCAAACCUCUUCCUGGCCGAAUCCCUGCCUCCGGCAUCCCCCAUGGAGCAGAGGAGCGCAGCCGGCUUACGCAGGGGCUGGGCUGCGGAGCAGGGCUAUUGCUGCGUUCUCAAAGCUGUGUGUUGUUUCCAGGGCCCUGGUGCGAGAUGCCCCUGAUGGGCCCCUUUGUACCCACCAUGUACUGCCUCAGCAGGAGCAGCUGUCCCCUUGGCACCACGAACCCCCUCUCCAUGGUCUGCAGCCUCCACUCGCCGACAGCCGAGCCCUUUCCACUGACCCCAGCCCUGGCCCCGCAGCCCACGGCCCUGCAGGCGGUGAGCUUGGUGGAUCGCUUGGCAGAGUUGCUGCUGGCAGCUCGCUACGGGCUGCCCCAGAAGCAUCGCCGCAGCCGUACUGCCUUCACGGUCCACCAGCUGGAGGCGCUGGAGAGAGCCUUCGAGAAAACCCACUACCCCGACGUGGUGACCCGGGAGCAGCUGGCCGUGUUCGUCAACCUGCCCGAGGCCAGGGUCCAGGUCUGGUUCAAGAACCGCCGAGCCAAGUUCCGCAAGGGGCAGCGCCGUCAGCUGGAGAAGGCCGAGUCUGCCAGGCCCAAGGGAGGAGACGGAGCAAAGGGGCGCCUCUUGCCAGAGCUGAGACUCCGACCAGCAACACAGGGCAGCGCCCUGGGAGCGGAGCAUCGCCUUGCCCCUCCGAGGAAGGUUCCCGGCUCUGCAGAGCCAGCACCCCAGUGUCUCCAGCAGGCCCCUUCGCCAACACCCAGGGCUCAGCUGCUGGAUGGGAUGUGGCUGGACUGUGGAUGGAGGAGCGACCCAAGACUGUGGCACCUGCCCUCGCUUUCCUUCCCCACCUAUUGGCAAGCUUUGUAGGGAUCCCAGGCUCUGUGCUGUGGGUGCAGGAGCCUCUGCCUGCUGUGCGCCAGGACCUAGGCAGGGUACAUCUGCCCCAGUGCCAGGCUGUGCCAACUCGCCCAGCUGCCACCUGCAUAUGAGUGCCCUCACGUGCAUCCCACCUGUCUUAAACUCAGGGAGUCCUGAGCUGGGCUGUGACAUGCAUAGGACAUGGGCUGGUGCCCGGUGGUGUGAACACUGUCCCGGCCCAGAUCCCAACACAUGCGUGUGUAGGGGGAGCCCCUCUCUGGGGACCUUGUCUCAGUGGCAAGGUGGGGAGGCGGCAGGUGGGUUUGUUAAUAGAAUCUCCUUCUGUGUCAAAAUAAAGCAGGU